GGCUACAUUUGUGACGAAAGCUGUUUGUAAAAGUGCUUCAGUGGUAGGCUAGCCUAUCUAUACAAUCAAUGUUCCUGGGAGGACUGAACAUAUAUGGAUAACAACAAUCUCUUAUCUUUUGCAUACAUCCCCGAAGGAGUUGUACAAAAGGGUCUGGCACCACAUUGUGUAUUAAAUUAGAACAUUUUGUUUUGUUUCAUUGCAGGUGUCAGUAAGAGCGAUGACGGAUCAAGGAUUCUAUAUCUGAAGCAAAUAAACUUUAAGGAGAGUGUGCAGAAAACCCGUAUCACAACUGCAUCACUACGUCCAUCCUUUUCUCCACACGUCGGGACUGUUUAAAAGUGCUUGAUCCAGGAGAAGGACCACAUAAAGAUAAUUUAUAUUUUGAGAAAAAGUAGGCUACGGCGUCUUGGUUAUAUAUUGGAUAAGGAGAUCGACGACUCAGUUAUGGAAGUCGCAGCCGAUCAAUCUCGGUGGAUGGCGCAUCACCACGCCGUGCUGAAUGGGCAGCACCUGGACUCGCAUCACCACAGCCUGACCCACAACUACAUGGAGCCCAUGGCGCCGCUUUUGCCCCCAGACGAGGUGGACGUGUUUUUGAACCACUUGGACUCUCAGGGGAACCCCUACUAUGCCAACUCCCGGGCCAGGGUUACAUACAGCCAGGCACAUGGUAAGACGCGUUCAUCCUUGUGACUAAACUGUAUUUGUGUUCUAUUCAAGUCUGCUUUAAACCUUUAGGUAAUUGUGAGAGUGUGCAACCCAGCCUGUUGCUUUUGCCUAUAUUAUUGCCAUAAAUGGUUAUGUGUGAUGCGCAAAGCCCAUUGGCACAGAAAAACGAUCCCGUACCAAUUAAAAGUCGUCGCAACAGUCCUUUAUAGGCUUUUUUUUUUUUUUAAAUCUAGGACAUUUUAUUCAUUUUUUUCCUUCAACGUGUAAGCACAUAUGUGAAAUGAAAUACUCGAACAAAUCGAUGUCCAUAAGCGUGUAGCCUAGGCUUAUAUGUGUCUGGCGUACGGCAUGGAAUCAUAAAACGAGAAUUUCUAGUAAUAAAUAGCAAGAGGAAAGGGAAGUAUGUCGUUUAACCCCUCUCUGUUGGGGCAGGGGUUUCUAGAAAAGUAGAGAGAGAGGCACUUCCCGGAUAUAAUAUAAAAAGCGCAAAUUGCUAAUAACAUUCUUUAUUCCAAGUUCUGGAACUUGAGCGACGACCAGGAAAUGGUCAUAGGCAAAUAGCAGUUCAAUCAAGGCCUCUACAAAGGUCCCAUUUUCUCCCAGUGGAUUUUUUUCUUCUCAGUUAUGCCUAUAUGCUUUCGGCAAUAAGCGUGAACAUUUAAUUGUGUAAAUAUGUUGUAUAGGCUAUGGCACGGGGCCUAACUGUUGUUUUAGAUUUGGCUGGUGAUUGUAAAAUGACGUGGUUUUUAAGUUGGUGCCCUGUAGGCUAUUUUAUUAACUUUUACAGUGAGAAAAUGAUAACUCGAUGUCGAGUUUAAAUAAUUUGGAGUUUGCAUCAACAGGUGAAUAGACAGCACUUUUACGCAUUGUUAGAGAACUGAACCAAUCGCUUUCGAUUAGUAAAAAUUAAUAAUAGCAUAUUUCUUAUUUCCAGCUCGCCUUGGGAGUCAGGUUUGCCGGCCACACCUCAUCCACAGCCCCGGCAUUCCGUGGCUGGAUAGCGGGAAGGCGGCCAUCUCUGCUGCCCACCACCAUAACGCAUGGGCAGUCAGCCAUUUCAGCAAGCCCGGACUGCAUCCUGCUAGCUCCGGCUACCCUUGCAGUAGUAGCUCCAGUUCUGCUCCCGUGUCUUCCCUCACCGCUGUGUCCCACUCCAGCCCGCACCAUCUCUACAGUUUCCCACCUACGCCUCCCAAAGACGUGUCCCCGGACCCCGGCCCUACUUCUCCAAACUCCACCUCAGCGAGAAUGGAUGAAAAGGAGUCCAUAAAGUACCAAGUGUCACUCGCAGACGGAAUGAAAAUGGAGGGUUGCAGUCCUCUGCGCAACAGCCUGGCUUCGAUGAGUGCCCAAACUCCCGCAACGCACCUCCCCAUCCCGACCUACCCAUACUCUCUCCCAACACCACAGGAGUACGGCGGCAGCCUCUUCCACCCCGGUAGCCUGCUGGGUGGAUCUUCAUCCAGCUUUACGCCGAAGUGUAAAAGCAAAUCCCGGUCAUGCUCAGGUGAGUUUCAUAACUCUAUUACAAAAGUUACCCUGUGCAUAAAGAGUUUGGCAUAAUUAUGUACGUUUUAAGAUACCAAUAUACGGGCCUGCGUGUUUGACGAUAUAAACUCGGCCUAUAUUUUGUCAAAACGCUUUGGAAGUGCAUCGAUUUCUGUCAGGGCACAUACAAUAAUUAACAUACUUUAUGUUGAUUUUACUUGUAGGGCUAUAAAUGUUGAUUUGAUCUUGAAAUAGAUUGGGUGGUCCGGUAUGUGUUUCGCUGUCGAACGGUUGGUUGCUGUAAUAGUUUCCUCAGGUUAUUUUACCUGCAGCGCUUCUCUCUCCUCCCAAACCUAUCCCAGCGAUUCUUAUCUAUGUUCCAUCGCAUUCGUCACCACUUGUAAACACCAUCCACUUAAAAGGGUCACUUAAGGGGAAUCUAACAUGAAACGACUAAUCAGAGUCACCGAUUACAAACGCAAAUAUUCAGGACCAGCUUGAACAUGAUAAAACGUUUUUGAGUCGAGUCAAAGAGUUGAUAGCCUAAAGUCAACAGUCACCAAAAUAGAAAUAGGGAAUUCAGCGUGAAAAUGUAUUUUCUCGUUGAUUAUUUGGCUUAUAGUAGGAUAUAGUAUUUUUAAGAGGGUGCUGAAUAUAAUAAUAUUUCAGUAGAAAAUGUAAUAACACAGCCUAUUGUGCUUGAUUUUGUUAGUAGACUAGGCCUGUCGAAAGUGCUACGUGGCCUAGGCCUAUAAUAAACAUGUGUGACAGGCCUAUAUUUAAAAUUAAAGUAAAUUUUGUAUUAAUUACAAAACUGCACAAAUGGUAACCGAAUCAUUAUUUUGUUACUAUUUUGAAACCAUAUUCAAAGUGGACGUUUUUAUGUUUAUCUGGUUUAGAUGCUGAACAUAUAUCCCACCAAUGUCCUUGUUUGGCAGAAGUGUUCGCUUCCACUUGUUUUCUUUUAGAGUUGUUCUUUAUUACACUUAAAAUGCAGGAGUCACGACGCUCUGGCUCCUGCCAUAUCCUGUAUACCUCUGAGUGAACAAAUCACGACCUCCACCCCUGCCCACUGCUUGCCCCAAUACUAACAAAGCACCGUCGGGACGAGCCGUCACAGGCGACAGAGCCCUGCUGUUUGGGUUUUUAAGCAUGGCCUUGGCCCAGUGCGCUGUGAUGGUGAGAAGGAAUCAAAUUCAGGAUUAGGGUACUCUACCCUAGUUGAGAGGAUGAUUAUAACACUAGUAGUAAUGACCAUAUCAAUCACAACAAAGUCAUAAUACGAUAUUCAUAAUUGAUAAUAACGAUAUUAUGAUAUUGUAAUAAUAGCUGUUACUCUUAUAGCAGUUUAGGAUCUGCCAAUGAGGACAUCACCUUCAGAGACAUUAAUACAAAUAUUAGAUAAUUAAUUAGAUAGUUAAUCAAGCCAUCACAUGAGCUCAUAGGGAGACAUGUAUUAUUGCAUUUGCUCAGACUAAUUAUGUUGUGGGCCUGGUGUCCAAAAAUAUAUGUUGAGUGUGGAGUCUCUCUAACAGUUCAUUAGUGUAUAGAGAUAUUAGCAACAACUGUCUUCAUUUAGAUUAUCACCAGAGCUCAAAGUGAUAUUAUCUGAUGGAUGCUUAGUAGUUCAAUACUUUGUGGAUGGUAGAUUGGUUAUGCAAAUAAUUUAAUUCAAACACUCUACAAAUCUCUUAAAGGGAAAUUAUAAAAUGUAUUUAAUGCAAGAAUAGCCUAAUGUGAGUUACUGUCCAAAAUACUAUAAGGCCUGCCUUUAGCUAUCCUUAUCUGUCAGUCCCAUCUGAUGUAGCAGUGAUUGAUUGUUGUAUGAAAUGCCACAAUUACAUUUCAGCAGACAGCACAUACCUUAAGACAGUGUGGCUUCCUGUUUAAAUAACCUCAAACCAGCACUCUCCGCUCACCUACAUACCUCCUUUCUCAAAAGGCAAAGGCCUCACUCUCUCUACUCUUGGCCAGUGGGAUCUCAGUGUUCUCUCCCUGUGGAACUUCCCUAAAUUACACAACAAUUCAACAGCUUUUGCAUUUGUGGAGCUGGAAGGUGAUGCUGUAUUGAUACUGGUCCCUCUGCUGGACUGGGAGAGAGAGUCAAACACUCAGAAUACACUUCAAAGUGUGUAUUGCCACUGUCCAGAGCAGAUCCCUCUAUCGGGUUUGGGUGGGACUGUGAGUGUCGCUGACAUUAUAAUAGGAUAAAGACAUGAUGCACCAGGGAGAGGGAGACUUGAACCAUUUUGGUUGAGGUUUAGCAACCUCCCAUUUGACCGAGCCUGUGCAUUAAACACAGUGAAACCGAGAGGAGAGAGAGGGAACACCUAUUGGUUCUCUGCAGCUGAAGAUGUAGUAGUGGGUGAAAAGGCUUGAGCACUGAAUACUACAGAGGAGGAAAACACAAUCAGGGUCACCACUAAAUGGGUCACAGUUGCUGUCAGGUACACAAACCUAACAAUGAAAACAUUUAGUAAACAAAUGAAAAGGGAAGGACUAUAGGGAAAAAGAGAAAGCUGGCUGAUAUAAAGUGAUACUGAGAUAUAAUGUGGGCACCUAUUUGGUUGAGACCACAGUUUAAUACCACCACCAGCAGCACACACUUCUGUUUCCUAUCAUGUGUGCCUGCUAAGCUGAUGAAUUAUGUUGCUCUAAUUUGAUGGUGUCUCACAUUCAUCUGUUUGGACACCUUUGGACACGUCCUGGCUGUCUCUGGGCUUCCUACCAUGGAUCACUUUACAUACAGGUGUCUGUAUCCAUGGAGAUUCGCCCUGAACCAAGCUGUACAAAUGACAGUCAUAUGGAUUGUCCUUGGCUGGUACACCUGCACGCUGAGACACUGUCCUCACGGGGGGGGGGGGGGGGGGGGGGGGGGGGGGGGGGCUAAGACUGACUUCAUAUUACACUACUAAUGAAAAGUGGCUCCAAUAGGCUCAUUAUUCCCUAUGUAUCCUCCUUGGACCUGACAGCUAUUGUCUUUAAUGUGAAUCCAUUACCGUUUAGCUUUUGAUGGAGUGUGAACUUUUUAAUUAUAUAAAUUUCCCUUUGUCUUCCCUCCACUUGAAUUCUGCUCAGAGGGGCGCGAGUGCGUCAACUGCGGUGCCACCUCCACCCCCCUGUGGCGGCGGGACGGGACGGGUCACUACCUGUGCAACGCUUGCGGCCUGUACCACAAGAUGAACGGCCAGAACAGACCUCUCAUCAAGCCCAAACGCAGACUGGUGAGUCCCCGUCUCUCUCCUGUCUACCCUUUCACAUCUGAGAAAGGGGGCCCAAAUAGAGCAUGAAUCAGAUACCGCUAGAACAAUUCCAGGAAAGUUAUAUUUUCCCUAUGAUCUUCCUGGAAUUGUUUGUCCCUCUCACCCCCUGGUGAUCCCCUACACCGCCUGUUACAAUACUGCUACUAUUGCCAUUGUUACUGCUAUUAUUAUUGCUGGUACUUCUGAUACUGUCACUGAUACCAAUGCCCAUGCUGCUUUAGUUAUCACCACACUGGAGUGAGUGAAAAACAGUGCACACACACAAACCCUUUGUCCAGUGUUCUGCACAGGCAUUUAGGAGCAAGGAGUAUUCCAAGCUCUGUUAUUUUUAAUGCACAUACACUUUUAUAUAUAUUUUUUUUGUCUCGGAUCAAAGUAUUAUUGUGUUUAAUUUUCAAUAUUAUUAACCAUGAUGAGUUGUUUAGUUAUCAUUACAAGUUAUUUAAAAAUAAAUACAAUUUUAGUUCCUGAUUAUUUUGAAAUUGUUUUAUUUCUUUCAUUUUAUAUUCAGACCUCUGAUUAGGAAUCAUAACUUUGAUUCUAUAGGAUAGCCCUACUCCGUAGUGUAGUGGGGCCUGGAGAAGUGGGUAUACUCUAAUUUUGCAAUAAAAAUCCCAAAAGGCCCACCCUGUGUGACAUCUUUUAUGAGUAACAUUGAUAUGUACUCUGAAUGACCUAAAAUGAUAAAACCCAUAUUGGCCUUUCAUAGUCAAGCCAACCCAAUCUGUACUGAGCAAGUAGGCUAAUAGUAGGCCACAUGAGAUUGAUCAAUACAAAUAAUCAUGAUAUCAUUCUACCAGGUAGGCAGGCUACUUUGUAGCUAGUUAACAUUUAAUAGAGAAGGUUUUUGGGAAAGCCUUUCCAUCUACCAGAAGACGGUUAGGCCUAUUAUUAGCAUUGCUAUAUUUUUCCUGUUCCUUCAUUGUUUGAAACCUGGACAUUUUACUUCGUACUAUGAGCCAUGUCUUACCUUGCUUCAAAGUAGCCAAGACAAAAUUCAACCAUAGAAAUGUUGAUAGAAAUAUGUAAUAAACACAUCCUCAUAUGCGCUCUCCUGUUCUAUCGGUUUUCAAAAAACGUUAUUUCAUUGUCUAGCAGCUAAAGGCAUUAUAGUAGUCAUAUUAGCAACCCAUGAUAGUUGGUCCAUCUUUAGAUUUCCCCUCUUUCUAAAUGUUUAUUGUGCUGUGCAUAUUUAAAAACAGUGUUUUUCCGCAAAUUGCAUUUUGAACAUUUGCGUGUAGCCUCCACACUACAUCACUGUUUUGGAAUAUUCAGUUUUACCAUCUCAAACUUUUAAAGAUAUUCAAGUUUCCCAAAAGUAAAUUGUGAGAAGUGAUUUAGGCCAAUUUUAAUGGUAGUCCAAGGCGCAUUCCAACUCCUAACUUUUGGGUAGCUCAAAAAAUGUAGGCUAAGCAUUACGCAAUAGAUUUAGGGCUCUAAUCAAUCCAUAUGGAAGUUCAGCAUUACAAGAUACAGCUUGAUUUAAAUUUAAAGGCAGUGUUCCCUUCCUUAACAGAGACUGCAUUGAUGGUAAAUCUGCAUUUAAGAGCAAUCUGUAAAGCUUCAGCGAUACAGAUUGAAUAGAGCCCAUCGAUUGAUCUAAACUUUAAAUUCGUUAGUUCAUUUUUACAAUAAAAUAUUUUUAUUUUGCUUCUAUAAUUACUUUUUCUAGCUUCUGUUUUCCCCAGCUAAACAGAUUCAUGAAUCAUGAUCAGUAGGCAUUUUACUCGCCAAACCUCGUUUAUGUAGGCCUAUAGGCUAAAUCUGAAUAGUUUUGUUCUGAUUAGACAUUCCAUUUAUUUCACAGAAUUAAAUAAUAUGCUACCUACAUAAUAUAAAUGUUUCAAUCAAUAGCCUAUACCUUAAUAUGUAAUUAAAUCGGUACUCAGACACAUAUACAGUGAGGGAAAAAAGUAUUUGAUCCCCUGCUGAUUUUGUACGUUUGCCCACUGACAAAGAAAUGAUCAGUCUAUAAUUUUAAUGGUAGGUUUAUUUGAACAGUGAGAGACAGAAUAACAACAGAAAAAUCCAGAAAAACGCAUGUCAAAAAUGUUAUAAAUUGAUUUGCAUUUUAAUAAGGGAAAUAAGUAUUUGACCCCUCUGCAAAACAUGACUUAGUACUUGGUGGAAAAACCCUUGUUGGCAAUCACAGAGGUCAGAUGUUUCUUGUAGUUGGCCACCAGGUUUGCACACAUCUCAGGAGGGAUUUUGUCCCACUCCUCUUUGCAGAUCUUCUCCAAGUCAUUAAGGUUUCGAGGCUGAUGUUUGUCAACUCGAACCUUCAGCUCCCUCCACAGAUUUUCUAUGGGAUUAAGGUCUGGAGACUGGCUAGGCCACUCCAGGACCUUAAUGUGCUUCUUCUUGAGCCACUCCUUUGUUGCCUUGGCCGUGUGUUUUGGGUCAUUGUCAUGCUGGAAUACCCAUCCACGACCCAUUUUCAAUGCCCUGGCUGAGGGAAGGAGGUUCUCACCCACGUUUUGACGGUACAUGGCCCCGUCCAUCGUCCCUUUGAUGCGGUGAAGUUGUCCUGUCCCCUUAGCAGAAAAACAUGUGUAUGUGCUUUCUUGAGCAGGGGGACCUUGCGGACGUUGCAGGAUUUCAGUCCUUCACGGCGUAAUGUGUUACCAAUUGUUUUCUUGGUGACUAUGGUCCCAGCUGCCUUGAGAUCAUUGACAAGAUCCUCCCGUGUAGUUCUGGGCUGAUUCCUCACCGUUCUCAUGAUCAUUGCAACUCCACGAGGUGAGAACUUGCAUGGAGCCCCAGGCCGAGGGAGAUUGACAGUUAUUUUGUGUUUCUUCUAUUUGCGAAUAAUCGCACCAACUGUUGUCACCUUCUCACCAAGCUGCUUGGCGAUGGUCUUGUAGCCCAUUCCAACCUUGUGUAGGUCUACAAUCUUGUCCCUGACAUCCUUGGAGAGCUCUUUGGUCUUGGCCAUGGUGGAGAGUUUGGAAUCUGAUUGAUUGAUUGCUUCUGUGGACAGGUGUCUUUUAUACAGGUAACAAGCUGAGAUUAGGAGCACUCCCUUUAAGAGUGUGCUCCUAAUCUCAGCUCGUUACCUGUAUAAAAGACACCUGGGAGCCAGAAAUCUUUCUGAUUGAGAGGGGGUCAAAUACUUAUUUCCCUCAUUAAAAUGCAAAUCUAUUUAUAACAUUUUUGACAUUCGUUUUUCUGGAUUUUUUUGAUGUUAUUCUGUCUCUCACUGUUCAAGUAAACCUACCAUUAAAAUUAUAGACUGAUCAUUUCUUUGUCAGUGGGCAAACGUACAAAAUCAGCAGGGGAUCAAAUACUUUUUUCCUUCACUGUACUUAUACUUAUACUCAUCCAGUCAUGCAGUGCCAAAGACGCAUUAGUUGGAUAACCUAAUUGUAGCCCAAUUCACUGGUGUUAUUAAAUGUAAAUUAAUGUUUUAAUUUACAUGUGUAGCCUAACCCAUGUGGUUGCCUAUUUGAAAUGAAUAAUUCAUAAUGUUCAACAUAUUGCAAUGGUUGUUGUCUUUGCCAUUGCUAUCUUCCAUUGAGCUAAAUGUCAUGGGAUGGAGAGAGUGGUGAAUAGGGUGGGAUUAUGUUUUGAAUAUGUUUUGAAUAACUGUCUUUCUGAAAUACACAGUCUCUGACUGUAUUAGCAACAUUGUCAGUAUUAGUGGGACAAGUAAACUCAUUUUAGCGCAGCUUGGUGUAAAUAAACCUUCUGCAUUUUUCUCCUUAGCGGUGCGCCUCUGCCUCGUUCUUCCGAUAAGAAGUCCAUUACAUUUUCCAUGGGUCGGUCUAUGGCCGCAUCUUUGCAUUUUCAGCUCAAGUGUAUUCAGAGUUCAGUUCAAAGGGCAUCCAGUUGUUUCCUAUCCGGAUAUCUGCCCAGGCCCGAUAAGGAAGCUAGGUUCCCGGGUGUUUCCGCCUUCAACAAACACCGCUGCAUUUUUCAGGCCAGACUUUGACAUAUACUGUAAAGCGAUUAUCACAGCACUGUAGGACCCAGUUAUGUGUGGAGAGGGAUUGGAAAAUAAAUGGAUUGUUUGUCAUGCUCGGUUGGCAAUGGCACAAGCUUUAUGCGUCGGAAUGCGAAGUGUUUUUUGUUGUCGUCUUUCUUUUUCUCUUUUUUUACAUUCUGUGCGUCGCCAUCGUUGUAUUUAUUCGGGAUGUUUUGCAUGAACAACUAUGAUAAAACAUUCAAUUAAUUAAAAGAAAAACACACAUACAGCAUCAUGGCUGUAUAGUUAUUGUAUUCUGACCUUAAAUGUUUCUUAUUAUGUGUGAAGCAUUUAUCUGUAAUGGACACAAAGCGCAUUGGCAGACAGGGCCCUGGUCUUGUAGACGUCUUAGUCCGGGUCGUUUGAUUCUCUGGAUCAAGGGAGAAUCAUGCAAAGAGAUGGCAUAAAUUAUUAAUGUGCCCUAUCUCAUUUCUUAAUUAAAUUAAAUAUGACAGCAGUAAUUGGUAAAAGAUAGAAACAACGCAUUUAACUAGAAACAGCUUUUGCAGCAUUGCACAAAUUGAAACAUUGAAUUAAGCUUGUAUAGAUCACAGAAUAUAUUCAAUUAAAUCAAUACAGAGGUGACUCCCUUUAAGCAAUUUCAUGAGUCUAACUGGCGCUGGCUUUGAUGUUAUUUGUGGAUGUAGCCCUGAGAGGAGGUCGGUUGGAGAAUAGCCUACACAGCAACACAAAGUCAUAAUCCUCAUCACCCUAAAAAAUACAUGGGAAGAUAUUUACAGAAGAAAAUGCUUUAUUCUGAUGUUCAUUGCGUGAUACUAGUUGAUAUGGGUAGAUCUGGUGGGACAUUACAGUAGGCUUUUAAAACGAGAGGUUUUAAAUUCUAAUCUCAGAAAUGUCCUAUAAAUUCCAAAUGAACAUUUGAAAUGUAGCCGCCUUUGGCUACGCCUAAAUGGUCACGGUAGUCAAUUUCAAUAAUCGUAUUCAUGUCAUGUUCACUUUCCUCAUUGACCUCUGUUGCCUAAUACAAUGAUCAAAUCAGCUAACAUUUAAAUGGCUUUAUUCAUAAUAUAUUAACAUUAUGCGUUUUUCUCCUCCUCAGUCCGCUGCGAGACGAGCUGGCACCUGCUGCGCAAACUGUCAGACCACCACCACCACCCUUUGGAGGCGCAACGGCAAUGGCGACCCGGUGUGCAAUGCCUGCGGGCUCUACUACAAACUGCACAAUGUAAGUAGCCUGCCCGCUUACAUAGAAACUGGGGGGUGAGCUGGUCAAGUAGGCGGACAGCUUGUAUCGAUUUAGGAGCCGGGGAGAAAGAGGCUGGGACGCAAAGGCUGCUUUUUCUGUCAAGCAGAACCAGCCAGUCGUUUUUUCUUUUUAUUAAUCCAUCUUUGUUUCAAUGGGGGGUGUUACUCCCAGGAGAGGCUGGAGGGUGGGAUUGUCAUUCAGGGUAAAGGCGUCAGUUAUAUUGAUGCCAACUUGUCUGAGAAUAGCCCUUUCAGGUUCAGCGUGGCUUCCAGUCCUCAUGUAUUCAUGUUCAAUGAGAGGAUUCUAUUUAAUUUUAAAGACAAAAGUGGCAAAAUGCUCAUGCCUUUUAAUGUGGCUUGAUCAUCCAAUGUCUGUUAAAUCUGUUCCACAAUAUUUAUGGCACAUCAGAUUUUUUUCUCAUGUUUAUUAAGAAGGCAAUAUGUUUUCCAUCAUAGUUGUUUAGAUUUUUCUAAAUGAUCCGAAAUUCCGAACUAAGCUUGACAUAGUUGAAUAUAAAAGCAUUGAGAGUGCAAGAAAAUGUCCAAUGACUAAAUAAUUUAGUUCUGGACAGUUUAAAAAAACAAGAAACAAGUAUUUGACAUGAUAUUGAAACCCACAAAAUAUCAAUAUGAAGCAUAUACAGUAGCCUAUAUUACUCCAGGCUUGUCUGGCUUCUCCUUGGCUAACAUCCCACCUCCCUGGCUCUCCACAGGUCAACAGGCCAAUGACCAUGAAGAAGGAGGGCAUCCAGACACGCAACCGCAAGAUGUCCAGCAAGUCCAAGAGGGGCAAACGGUCCGGAGAUGGCUACGAUGAGCUGUCCAAAUGCAUGCAUGACAGGUCUUCUCCCUUUGGGGGUGGCCCCAGCCUGGCUGGACACAUGACCCACAUGGGCCACCUUCCCCCCUUCAGCCACUCCGGACACAUGCUGUCGACUCCCACGCCCAUCCAUCACCCCUCCUUCGGCCAUCCCCACCACUCCGGUCGGUCGCCAGCCUGGGCUGAGCACUGA